UUUGUUUUUGGAUUUUCGCUGCGCGCUCGCUGUUCGCUCCGCUGCCGCCUGUCUGUGUGAGUGCGCGUGUGUGCGAGGAGGCCAAGAAGAGGAAGCAGAAGGAAGCCGCAAAAGGAAAAUCCGAUUCCGAGAAAUCUUAUCAAUGAAGACGCAGACUAAAUGAAAAAUAAUCGUGAUGCGUGCGUUUCAAUAGAGCAAAAUUAGUUUCCAGUAUUAUUUUUUCGGCACCUCAGUCCGUUCGCUUGUCGGUGUGUGUGUGAGCGUGUGUUUUGGUGGCGUGAGUGCGUGCGAUCGCCACGCCCACACGGGAAAUGGCAGCAACGGUUUACCAACGGCUACAUAGCGUCGCGGUUGGCGUCGGCAAUGCCGCCGGCAGUGCGGUCGGCAGCGGGUCGGCUUCCUUUCCAGGAUCUGGAUCUGGAACGGGAUCGGGAACCGGCAUGGGCCAUGGAAACACCUCCUCCUCCUCCGCCCUCCUCAGCCACUCCCAGCUGACGCGCUCGCUGGAACGCAUCCUGGAAGAGGCGCACUUCAGCGGCGAGCUGAUCCUGACCAAUCGCAAGCUGAAGGACUUUCCCAGGACGGGAACGAAGUACUCUCUCACGGACACCGUUAUCGCAGAUUUGUCCCGAAAUAGAUUCGCUGAGCUGCCCGAGGAAGUCACGACGUUUGCGUUUUUGGAGACCCUGCUGCUGUAUCACAAUGCGAUCCGCAGCAUUCCGGAAUCGGUGAAGCAGCUGUCCUCGCUAACCUACUUGGAUCUGCGCAGCAAUCAGCUAUCCUCGCUCCCCCGGGAGAUAUGCUUCCUGCCCCUCCAGGUUCUGCUGGUUUCCAACAAUCGCUUGGCCUCGCUACCAGAUGAACUGGGUCGCUUGGAUCAGACUCUGACCGAUCUGGAUGCCUCGUAUAAUCAGCUGGCCAACUUACCUGCUCGCCUGGGGGAGCUGAGAACUCUGCGUUCGCUUUCGCUGAGGAGCAAUCAUUUGAUGUAUCUGCCCCGGGAGCUAACCUGUUUGAGUUUGAUAUCCCUGGAUGUGAGCAACAACAAGAUCGCUAGUCUGCCCCUGGAGAUUCGCCACAUGAGCACCUUGGUAGAGCUGCAGCUGGAGAAUAAUCCCCUUACCUCGCCCCCAGCUAGUCUUUGUAUGCGUGGCCUGGUGCACGUGUUCAAAUUUCUCGAGACGCAGGCCACGAAGGACGAGAAGGGUUCCCGGUCGGGUGGCAACUAUGAUGGAUACACCACUCUGCGGAGAGCUCCACGCCACAACUCCAGCGGCAAUGUCCUCGAGGCCAGCACCACUGGCAGCAGUAACAACCAGCGAAGGCAUCAGGUCGACUCUGGUUACAGCACCAGCGAUGGUCUCGACAAGCGCUGGUCGCACGAUGUCCCUGCUAAAUCCAAAACGGAUUCACCGCUGCACUGUGUGUCCACCUCGGCGGCUGCCACUUUGCCCAGGACGAUGCCAAGUGCGGUGCAUUCGCAUGCGGACCUGAUGGAUGCAUCCCUUACCUCUAGCACUAGUACCAUUGUGGAUGAGAGUCUCACACUGAGUCCCACGGCAUCGCCCUGCAAGUUGAGUUAUGCGCACUCGAAUAGCUCCAGUAACAGUUCGUCGCCUGAUCAGGACGACGACAUCAUGAUCGACCACCAGGAGCGCACUGUUCACCAUGCCAAUGGGAAGUCCGGCAAGGGUCUCGGCAAUAUUCAGACAUAUAAGGAGUACAAGGAGGCCCUGAAACAGCAGCGCAAUCAGGAGAUCAGCGUGUACAAGCAGAAGCACCCGAAUGCCAACCACAGUCCCAAUGACGACGAGGAUCUGUCCCCGUCACCGCCGGCUAUCCCCAACGGAUCUUCCUCGAACACACUGCCAAAGUCCAUUAUGAAGCAGAAUAGCAAUCAAAACGGCCAUAAUGGGAACGGAAAUGGAAACGGAAAUGGGAACGGAGCCGAUGAUGUUGUUAUACCAAAGAAACCCAUACAGAAGGUGAUACCCUCUCGCAAUACGGAAAUAAAGCCGGCAUCCACAUCCGGCAUUCCCUCUGCGAUUUCAUCGGAUUGCUUGGGCUACGUUAAGCCCCAGAGUCCCAUGAAGAAUGGCACGAAUAAAUUCAAUACGUCCAAUGGUGGAGGAGUGCCACCCACAGCAGGAAUCGCCAUCAGCAGCACCACCAUCAAAUCACCAGUGAGCUCCACCACCAAGCUGGGCACAGUAAAGACACACCGUUCGGUGACCUGGAACCAUGAUAUUCCCGCCGAGAAGCUGAGCUUUACCAUGCGGCGGGAGUUCGAUCGCCAAAGGGAGGAAACCGAGUUGAUGUCGCAGUUGAGGAGUAUCAUUGAAACGCGUUUAAAGAUGACGUUGCCGGUGGAUAUUGCCUCUGCUCUGACGGAUGGUGUUAUACUGUGCCAUUUGGCCAAUUAUGUGCGUCCACGUUCGGUGGCCAGCAUUCAUGUGCCAUCACCUGGUGUGAACAAGUUGACUAUGGCCCGGUGUCGUCGUAAUGUGGAUAACUUUUUGGAGGCAUGUCGGCGCAUUGGCGUAGAUGAGGAGUUGAUUUGCUCCUGUGAAGAUGUUGUGCCACAAAUUGAACCGCAACAACCACAAUUGCCACGUGCUGACGGUGACUAUGAUGCUGAUGUGUAUGUCCAAGAUGAUGACAGCAACAUCAGUUGCAACAGCAGCACCAGCAGCAAUGCCAGCAACAUGCAAUGCACCCUCGAUGGCGAAUACAGCAGCAACCUUACUGAUAAGGUGCCCAAUGCAUUGGCCCUACUGCGCACAGUGUCCGCUCUGAUUGCCCUGGAUGAAAAUCCGUAUCAUCAGCAGUUUCAUCAUCAUCUUCAGCUGCAGCAGCAAUCGGUUGUGGUUGGCCUGCAGCAGCAGCAGCUGCAGCAGCAACACUUCGAGCAAGAGCAAUUCAGUGAGCCAACUACCUGCAGCCAAGAGCAAGAACAGAUGUUGCAGUUGCAACAGCAACAGCAGCAGCUAGAGCAUGUUUUGUAUGAGAAUGGCCAGCCGAGGGCUGAAAAUGAUGAUGGGGUUGAGGAUCGUGAUGAUGAUAUAGGCAAACGGCAGCAGCAACUGCCGACAGUGGGCCAAAUGCUGCUGAAGGCCAAGCAAAAAACCUAUGAGAAAAUCAAGCACAAUCUGCUGAGUGCCCAUGGUCAGCACAAUUUCCAGGGCAACAAUAACAAUAGAAAGUUGCACACGAUUGUGGAGAACGAGCACGAUGUGGCCGCCGCUGGACCGGCGGGUCAUUAUCAAGUUAUCGACGAAAAGCAGGAGCAACCGCAGCUGAAGCAACCGGAGGACUUAAAGGAGGCCAGUUCACUGGACAGCGCAACCAAGGAAGCCAUCAGCAAGCGCAUCGAGUUCUUCGAGCAGCAAAAGAGUGGCAAACAGAAACUGGAGGUCUUCAGCAUCUAUUUACCGAAGGAGAAGAACAAGCAGCUCGAGCAGAAAUUAAAAGCCAAGGCUAACGAAGCUGGAACUUCAAUAUUAAAGCACGAUUCCCACACCUUGACAGUGAUCUUGUCAUGCGUUUUCAUCGCCACUUUCCUCUGGCUGAAUCUAAUUUGCUGUGCUGCCGACGUGCUAGAGGGAAAAGGUGCCGUCCAAGUGGCCAUCACGGUGGGUGAACUUUUCCGGCUUCACGGAAACGGUGGCUGCGGCAGUGGCAACAGCAGUGGAGCCGCCACGCCCACCAAAUCGCCCACCAGAACGACACGUGCCACAAUGUCGCCAACGCCAUUGACUUAGGACCAGCGCAACCGGGACAUGGACGGGAGUCGGAACUCUUGGAUAUUCCGCUCAUUUGGGGAUGAGUUGUCAAAAUGGGUUUCCUAAUGGCCGCCAUACACAUUUACACUUACAUAAAAUACAUGCCAAAUGUAUGAUUUGUUGAUAUUCUUAUCUCAUUGAUUUUUCUAGGUUUGUAGUUCAUUUAUGUAAAUACACAACACCCACAAGGAACACCUAAAGAAACCAAAAUACAAAGAACACAAAACAAUCGAA